UGACUUGACCUAUGAACACAAACUCGCACAACUGCAUAAUAAAAACGCUGACUAAGCCGCAUAACAAGCCAUAACGUCACAGCAUCACACAACCAACUCCAUCCCUCCACAAAGACUACAUUCUCCAUUCCCACCCCCCGUCUCACUCGCCCACAAAGCACACCCAAAAAAUACACAAAAAAAGAUGGUCCUAGAGAACGCCCAAGCAGACUCUAUCCCUCCAACGGGCGUCGAGCCAACCAACGACAGCGACAACACCCCAAACACAAAAUAUCAGUACCACUCGCUCUACAUAAAACGCGACCUAAUCGCCAACCCGGACCCAUUCACCCUCUACUUCGGAUUCUUUGGGCGGUGGAACUACGACCGAAAAGUAACCGCCAAUGUACUUCGCCGAGUCGAAAAUGCGCGCGUUCUAAUCCAGCGUCUCCCUACACAAGACGAACUAGAUGCGAUGGUCACACACAGCAGUCGUAGCUUAUACCAGGAGCGGAUUGGCGCGCCAUUGGGAGGACUCGUCGGGUCAGGGCUGUUGUGGAUGCAGGCCAGGAAGUCGGAGUUGUUUCCGGCUUAUUUCCCCAAGGCUUCAGGGCCGGAGGGGAAGAUGCCGUCUCCCGGGGAGAUCGUGCAGGCCGCGAAGAGGUUUGUGGCUGCUGAGCCCACGAUAGCGAGACGGGCGAUUUUUGUGACGGGGUUCAAGUUGUUGUUCUAUAGUGUGGCGGGGGCGACGUUCUCGAGUAUUUAUGCAGUUUAUAAAGAGACGACGAAUACGAUGGCGGAUUCGCGGUUGAAGGAGUUCUUGGCGGAUUUGAAAAAACAGAAUCCCGAGGAGCUAAGGAGAAGACAGAUGGAGUCCAGGGGGCGGAGGUCGGUGGGUGAGCAGCAAGGGGUUGUUGAGAUGAAUCAGGGUGGUGACUACGCUUCGGAGUAUUCUGGUGGUGACGUUCAGUCUACGGGGGUAUCUGGUCCUGAUCGUCCUCCGGUGGCAGAGCCUGUUAGUCUUGGUGGUGGAUUGGGUGCAGAUCAAGCCCGUGGAGGAGAUUUCUUCGACGAGGAUGAUGCGAGUCCCACGGCGCCUGAGUAUAGAACCAAUCGGGGCGCGCAGGCUGGUUACUCGCAGGGAAGUGCCUGGGAGCGGAUUCGACAACAGAAUGCUUCUGCGCCUUCUAUUCAGUCCAGUCGCCAGGAUACAUCCAACCAGCAGUCACCACAGUGGGACUCAUGGAGCCCCCCAUCAUCAGAGAGUGACAAACAGCGGGAGAGGGAGCAAGCUCGUGCGGAAUUUGAGCGGUUAUUGGACGCGGAACGGAAUAUUGGACAAGAGUCGGCGAGCGAAGCGCGCAAUAAAGGCUGGGGAAAGUGGAAUUGAUUGCCCUCUAGUGGACUGACAUAGUGUAUUAUACUAACUACCCUUGGUUCUGCGAUACAGUAGGUUCCGAGUCUAGGAUGUGGGCUCAUCAAUGUAUAUUAAUUGUAUGUGGCAUAUUUUUGGCAUCGUUCAUAAACAUCAU